AUGUCGCUUAAAGAUAAAGUUAUAUUUGUUAGUGGUGCAUCGCGAGGUAUUGGUUUAGCGAUUGCUUUAAGAGCUGCAAGGGAUGGAAGUAAAAUUGUUGUAGCUGCAAAGACCACUACACCACAUCCAAAACUUCCAGGAACUAUUUAUACAGCAGCUGAAGAAGUUGAACGCGCAGGUGGAAAAGCGUUUCCUUUGGUAUGUGAUAUUCGCGAUGAAGAAUCGGUUAAAUCUGCUAUUGAGAAAACAGUAGAGAGAUUUGACACCACUUUAAAAAAGUAUAAUCUUAUGCAUGAAAUUAAUGCUCGCGGAACUUGGUUGGUUACUAAAUAUGCACUGCCACAUCUUAUAGAAAGUGGAAAGAAUGGUAGAAAUCCCCAUGUUUUGAAUAUAAGCCCUCCACUAUCAUUAAGAGAAGAAUGGUUUUCAGGUCAUGUUGCUUACAGCAUGGCAAAAUUUAAUAUGUCGCUUAGUAUUUUGGGAUGGGCUGGUGAAUUUCGUUCACAUGGAAUCGCUGCAAAUGUAGUUUUACGUGAAAAUGGACAAAGGAAAUUUGAUCAUUACGCUGCAAUUCCUGGUAAUGAAGAUAUACAAGAAGAUUAUUUUAUUGAGCCAGAAAUUUUUGAAAAAAUGAAAUCAUUAUGGAAAAAAGGAAAAACUUCAAAUUCAAAAUUAUAA